AUGACGGCGCCCGCUUCGCGGGGCCCUGUGAUGGUCAUUGGAACGAGCUCCGCAAGACGGGUGGAGCUUUUGAAAAGCCACUUUGCUGGUGGCGUCCAUCGGGAGUUUAUUGCGCUUCCUCCCGAUAUUGAUGAGAAGGCGUGGCGCUCCCCUGACCCGUUUGAACUCACAAAACUUAUUGCGCGUGCCAAGAUGCAGGCUGUUUUGGAGAAGUUAAAGGACGCACAUCCUCAUCUGAAACACGGUGUGGUGGUGACCUUUGACCAGGUUGUGGUAAAGGAUGGCGAAGUUCGUGAGAAGCCCGAGUCCGCGGAGGAGGCCCGGAGAUUUUUGAAGUCGUACUCGAACAGCCAUGUAGGGACGGUGGCUGCUUACGUCGUCUAUUCGCUUGAUACAGGGAAGCUGACAGUGGGAGAGAAUGAGACAGACACGUAUUUCUCCGCUUACGGCGACGAUGUCGUUGAGCGUGUCCUUGCGAGGGGAGCCUGCAUGCACACGGCUGGCGCCUUUGUUGUGGAAGACGAGGACAUCAGCCGUCACGUUGUGCGCAACGUGGGGACAUUCGAGGCUGUACAGGGCGUGGAUCCUAUCGUGCUUGAACGGCUAAUGAAACAGGAAUAG